AUGGUCCAAACGUUCUGGGACCAUCUAAUUCUUUGCUGUAAAACAGAAGUUAUAAAGAAUGAUCUCAGCCCACAGUGGAAGCCAGUGUUCUUAAACAUUCAACAAGUAGGAGGCAAGUAUGUUGAACUUCGUGAUUUAGACACAGUGGAAGCUCUCUCAUUUUUUCGUUUUUAUUAUAUACGGGACAAUCCUUUGAUACUAGAGUGUUAUAACUUCAAUACCAAUGGCAAACAUGAUUUGAUAGGAAAAGUGCAAAAGUCUUUGGCAGAGUUGGUGAAGCUUCAUGCUAGUGGUCAAGGAGGAACUUUAUUUUUGCCUACUGGUGGUGGUCGUAAUUCUCAUAACAAGGUAUUAAAGAGCCGGGUAUAUCUGGACAAAUUUUCUGAAAGUGUCCAAUAUAGUUUCCUUGAUUACUUGUCUGCGGGUUUUGAAUUGAACUUCAUGGUGGCCAUUGAUUUUACAGCUUCAAAUGGGAAUCCACGCCUUCCAGAUUCUUUGCAUUAUAUUGAUCCUUCAGGACGGCCAAAUACAUACCAGAAGGUGGAAGGGAUCCAAGGAAUUAUGAUGGCAUACACAAGUGCCCUGCUUAACGUUUCUCUUGCGGGACCAACUCUUUUUGGACCUGUCAUAAGCAAUGCUGCACUUAUUGCCAGCCAAUCUGUAGCAACUGGUGCAAGAAAGUAUUUUGUUUUGUUAAUAUCUCAGAUGGAGUGGUGACAGAUCUCCAAGAAACAAAAGAUGCCCUUGUUAAAGCCUCUGACCUACCAUUAUCAAUCCUUAUCGUUGGAGUUGGAGGAGCUGAUUUCAAAGAAAUGGAGAUUUUAGAUGCUGACAAGGGGGAGAGACUCAAAAGUUCAUUCGGACGUGUUGCUUCACGUGAUAUAGUCCAGUUUGUUCCAUUUCGAGAUGUUUAAAGUGGAGAAAUUUCAGUAGUUCAAGCACUUCUAGCAGAAUUACCUACUCAAUUUUUAUCGUACAUGAGAAACAGGAAUAUCCAACCGACUCUCUAAGGCAUGUAAAGAGGAACCAUUUUCAAACUACAUAGUAAAACGUUCUAUCCAUUGAUCGUUGUGCCAUUUCAAGGCCCUCACAGUAUAUUAAAUUGAAAUUUGGCUAAAGGGUGCAAACUCGCGCUUUGUGCUGAAUGCUUAUUUAAUUGAAGGUCAAGAAGGGUUCGCUAGCCAACUGCAUUUAUCUAAGAUUGGUAUCUGUCUGAGCGAGCUUUAUGGGUAGGAUUUCCUUUCCUUCUUGUACUCAUGCUUUGUGGGUUUUGUGGCAGGUUCGUUCAGAACUACAAAUUGGAGUUUGUUUUCUUCAAGCUCUGGGGAAAAUUUUAGUCGUUAAGUGAACGUUGAAAUCCAAUAAGUGAAAAUAUUUGUGAAUUGAUACUUUGAUGCAAGUUAGAUCAUUGAUGUCUUUAGAUGGAAAUUGAUUAUAUCCAUGAAAUUAGUAAAGGUUACUAGAUGGAAAUUUUAAAUUUGUCAUAAAAAAACAGGUGGGAGGGUGGACACAAGAAUAUGAUGGACUCACCUUUGUAGCAAUAAGGGGAGCAGUAGAUGAAGUUCCUUUGCUUAGACCAAAACUUGCUCUUUCACUCUUCAAAUCCUUCAUAGCUGGAACCUCCAUGCCCACUCUUCAGCUUGUCAAUGACUCCUAAAAUAUGCAUUUCGAAUGUAGUGCCUCUUGGAAUGAUCACUUGGCAAUUUAUUUUCAUUUUUCUAACUAGGGAUUUCUUAUCCAAUGAAUAACUUCUCAUACCACUUAUACAGAUGUAUACCCUUAUUUAUCCCUAGAAAUCAAGAGACUGUAAUUUGUGUGUAUGUGAUCUUUGAAGUCAAGCAAAUCUCAUCAU